ACUAGACACAUGGUUUGUUGUUAUUUCUAAGUAUAUUAUCAUCCGUGGUAUUUUCCCGAGGGAUUUUCCCAUCGUUUCAGCACAUGUUUGUAGCCACUGGUCAUCGCAAAACAACAAAUACUGACAACCUUGAAAAUCGAAAGGAAAGGAAAGAGAAUUUAGAUCAAUCUUUACAGUUUGUGGUGAGGUUGUGGUUGCGAAACGCCUAUCAAUCGAAAGCACAUAAAUUUCCUUGCACACAAACGCAAAUUUAACGAAAGAAACCGUCAAAAUCUCGCGAAAAAUGUCCCAAGCCGGUCGUGUUGUUGUUUACGGUGGUCGCGGGGCCCUCGGCUCUAAAUGUGUCUCUGCCCUUAAAGCCAACAAUUUCUGGGUCGGCUCGAUUGACCUCAACGAGAACCCAGAAGCCGACUUAAACAUUGUUUUGGAGAAGGAUUCAGACUUGGUGCAACAGGAAGGCACAGUUUUGGAUAAAAUUAAAUCGGCGUUAGAAGGGUCGAAAUUGGAUGCUGUCAUUUGCGUAGCUGGAGGGUGGGCCGGGGGAAAUGCAGCGAAAGACUUAAUAAAAAAUUCCGACCUAAUGUGGCGCCAAAGCAUUUGGAGUUCUUUGAUCAGUGCUUCUAUCGCUGCUCAGCACCUCAAAACCGGGGGUGUUGUGACCCUCACUGGUGCCAAAGCAGCUUUAGAAGGAACUCCCGGCAUGAUUGGGUAUGGAAUGGCCAAAAGUGCAGUCCAUCAUUUGACUAAGUCGCUGGCGGGAGCCGAUAGCGGUUUGCCUGAAAACUCUUUGGUUGUGGCUAUUUUGCCCAUCACUUUAGAUACCCCCAUGAAUCGAAAAUGGAUGCCUAAAGCAGAUUUUACGACUUGGACUCCCCUCGAGUUUAUAGCCGAGCUUUUCGUGGAAUGGAUCCGUGGGAAAAAUCGACCCGAAAGUGGAAGUCUUCUGCAAUUGGUUACUAAGAAUUCGAAUACUGACGUCAUUCCCGUGCAUAAAUAUUAAGGAGAUUGGGAUCAACGUUACGGACCAAAGCUAAAUCAUUUUUGUGUUACUUUUGAAUAUAGUUUAUUGUUAAAACCGCAGAUCUGAAUAAAGCAAAUCAAGUUGA